AUGUCAUCAUCAUCUAGAUCGAGAAAGAUAUUUGAUGAAAUCCUUCGGGGUGACUCGUCGCUUCCCUCCUACGCAGACUCUUCAAGAGAUGCUAGCAGACCGACUGCUCCCACGCCCAGAUCCAUACAGGAUGAUCAUAGAGCUCCGACAUUUCCUCAAAAUCCCGCACCUCCACCUCCACUCGCGCCGCCACCAGCAAACACGAGGCCCCGGAGAACACCAGCGGUAGGGUUUUCAGCGUUUCCACGACACCCUGUGAUGGCUAAACACUUCGCCAGCGUAUCAAACACCAAUACAGGCGGAACGUUUUCGGAAGAGAGAAAAUCUUCACCGAUGCCUUACAAAAAGACUGCCAUACCCCCGGAGACCCUGGAGGAGCACUCUAUUUACCCAGUGGGUGAUAGAAUACGGAAGGUUCCGCAAUCUGAAGAGUCGCUAGAUUCUCAGAUGGGUCCGGAACGGGGGUACAGUCGGAAUCCUGAGCUCAACCUUCAAUACCAGGUUAGAAACGAGAUCAGACGCUUGUGGGAGGAAAAGCAUAGCAAGACGGCAGAAGACACAGAUCGACUAGAUCGAGACACCGGACAUCAAAGCGGUGUAGUAAAAUCCGACGGAGAUCCAACAAUCCGCGAGGAGAUCCCGAACCCCCGGAGGGUCCUCCACGAGUCGCUGGAGUGGCACGAUGACUCGGAUGCGGAAGACUUGGACAAGGAUCUUACAGUGUUUGCGGACACGCCUAGAGAUGAAGGCAUUGUAGAAGAAAGAGGAGAAUGGCUAUUGCCUCCUUGGGAUGUACCAGACCCAAUCCAUGCCCCCUCUCUGACAGCCCUGUCAUCAAUGACGGAAUGGGACCCGGAGGCCGACAUAGAUUUCCAGACGGAAGCUCGGGCAGGAUGGAGCGACUGCCGUUUCAAGGUCCCGCAAACGCCUGCUGAUAUAGAAUCUUUGCAGCAAGCUCUUGAGAUAACUCGGAUGGACUUCUGGAUCAGGAAUCCGAACGAGAGAUAUCCGGAAGAUCUCUCCCAAUACAAGGGGGAAUCUUACGGAUCUCAACAUCGGCGACUCCAGCACGCAUUCUGCACAAUUUGGCAGGGUUUGGAGACGGAAGCUCCCCCUGCACUUUAUCGCUUGCCGGAAUGGAUGUUUGGAUUCGAAUACUGCUAUUGGAAGCCCUCCAGUUGGGGUUAUAAUAAGCGAUCAAACGCGUAUAACGAGGGUCUUGCGGCAAUGGCUGCCGAGAAGAACGAGAAAAGCUUGGAGAACUUGCGCUAUCAGGACUGGAAGGCUAAGCUGAAGGAGGUGAGCGGCGCUCCGACGCUUGCAGAUUUUGCGCCUUCAAGGCGAUCGGUUGCCCCCGAGGAAAUAGAAAGAGGGGGGAACGAAGGUCUCUACUCCGUUAGUCCGACACCAGAUUUCAUCAUUUAA